AGAGCAUCGCCAUCUUUGCCAUUGCUCUGCAAUCUUCGUCACUCUAGCUUGAAUUUCUCUUUAUUGCCUUGCUUUUCAAGAAACUCUGAACCAGUCAACCAUUUCCCCUCCGUUAAUUUAUCUAGAAGAUUUAGAUUCUAUUAUGUUGUCAUAAACUCAAAAGGCUGGAGUUCCGUUUUGGUGAAGAAUAGCGAUCAGUAGUAGUAAUGCUCCCUCUAUUGAAGCUCGGGACGCUUGCCCUAAAAACUCUGAGCAAACCCAUUGCCGCUAGACUCAAGAAGCAGGCUGGGAUUCACCCCAAAUUCAGAAAUAUGAUAGUUAGCGUAGCUCAGGCUAAUCACAGGAUCACAACAACCAUGCAAAGGCGCAUAUAUGGUCAUGCAACAGACGUGGAAAUCCGACCUCUGAAUGAAGAAAAGGCUGUUCAAGCUGCAGUUGAUCUCAUGGGGGAACUUUUUGUCUUCUCGGUGGCAGUGGCUGCUUUGUUUUUCGAGGUACAGAGAAGUGCUCGAUCAGAAGCAAAAAAGGAGGAAAUUCGCAGGCAGGAAAUGGAGGGAAUGAGACAACGGGAUGAAGAGUUAGCUCAGGAGGUAGAGCUUCUGAAGCAAAAGCUAGCAGAGAUCGAGAAAAUGGCCAACGCACGAGGCCUUGCCGGAGUGUUUAACUUCAGGCAGGCUCAAGCUGAAGAAGCCAGGCCAAUACCUGCAGCUUGACCCUGAUUCACCUCAUCCUAUUCUUUUACCCAUUUUUUAAAAGAAAGCUGUAAAAAAAUAAGACAAAUCAAUUUCUUGUCAUAUUCUUGGUGAGUUUUUGGCAUGGGUUUUUAGUUGAUGGAAUCUUGAAAAAUAUAUGAAGAAUUGAUCUUGUUUAGUGA